UUCCCACUUAUCCUUGUCCAGGCAUGAUAAGCAACUCCUUAUUACCAUGGCAACAAAGUAAUUUUUUUUUAACUUUUUCAAUUUUUUUUACCAAUUACCAUGGCAUGAAUUUGCUUAUCAUAUAGGAGUAUAUAAAGAAUACAAAAAGAUGUAUUAAGUUUCCUCGAGAAGUCAUGUAAUAAACUGGGUUCCAUUUCACUGAAAGGAUAUAUAGACACGAAUUCUUUCCAAUCAUGCUCAAAUCAUCCUUGGCACCUAUUCUUUCGAUCAUUCCAAUGAAACCAAAAUAUCCAGUCGCGUGUCUCUCACUUUUUCGUCCAUCAGCUGUUCGUGAUAAUGUCUCAGUAAACGCGGUUGAACCACCACCUCAGUCACAUCCAACUUCAGCUUAUAUUCAUCUUCCUUUCUGCAGAAAACGUUGUCAUUACUGUGACUUUCCUAUUGUUGCUCUCGGUUCAUCAUCUGCAAACCUACCCGAUGACAUUGAUGAUCCGCGCAUUCUGAAUUAUGUUCAACUCCUUUGUCGAGAGAUUGAAGCAACAAAGGUUCUGAAAUCGGAUAACAACUCACCUCUUGAAACGGUGUUUUUUGGAGGUGGCACACCUUCUCUUGUUCCUCCAAGACUUGUUUCGAAAAUAUUAGAAACGUUGAACUCGAGAUUUGGAGUGAGUUCUAAUGCUGAAAUUUCUAUAGAAAUGGAUCCUGGAACUUUUGAUGCACAAAAGUUGAGCGACUUACUGAACCUUGGUGUUAAUAGAGUAUCUUUGGGAGUUCAAGCAUUUCAAGAGGAGUUGUUGAAGGCUUGUGGCAGAGCUCAUAGUUUGAAACAAGUGUACGAAGCUAUAGAGAUUAUUGGUUCCUGUGGUGCAAGUAAUUGGAGUUUGGAUCUUAUUUCAUCACUCCCUCAUCAAACCUCAGAAAUGUGGAUAGAGAGUUUGGAAUGCGCUAUAAAGGCAGAACCAACUCAUGUCUCGGUUUAUGAUCUGCAAGUGGAGAAAGGCACCAAAUUUGGAUUAUUGUAUAAACCUGGUGAAUUUCCAUUGCCAGAUGAUACUCUAUCAGCAGAGUUUUACAAAAUGGCUUCAAACACACUCUGUAAUAGUGGUUACGAUCAUUAUGAGAUUAGCAGUUACUGCAAAAAGGGGUACGAAUGCCAACACAAUCUUACAUACUGGAAGAACGGAUACUACUAUGCAUUUGGUCUUGGGUCUGCAAGUCACCUCGACGGGGUAAGAUUUUCACGGCCAAGGAAAAUGAAAGAGUACACAAGUUACGUCCAAAAUCUGGAAGAUGGAGCAUUAAUUCAGCAUGAAAAUGGCCAAAAGGAUGCCAAGGACUUGGAAAUGGAUGUUGUAAUGCUUUCUCUUCGAACUUCCAAAGGCCUGGACUUGACAUCUUUUAGAGAAUGUUUUGGUAGUGGUCUUGUCUUAUCUCUUUGCAGGACUUUUAGACCAUAUAUAGAGAGUGGACAUGUACUUCUGUUAGAUGAUAAAAGAAGAGUGUUAGUGGCAGAAGAAUUCUGGUCAGUGCUGUCUAACGAGAGUAAGAUUGAAGAGGAAGUGGCGUUCAUUCGACUUAGUGAUCCAGAUGGUUUCCUACUAUCGAAUGAGUUAAUAUCCAUUGCAUUUGGUGUCAUAUCCCUAUAACGAUGAUAUUGCUGUUGCAGCUCAGAUUUUUAUUUGUGAAUCAAAUACUCUUGUAACUAUAAUACAGUACGCUGGAGUCCAAUGGAAAGAAUUUUGCUCUAGCAGCACUGCACCAUGGACUGCCAUUUGGCUUAUUUUUGAUGUAAGAAAACUCUAGUUUAGAGAGAAUACUAGAUCUUUCGGUUUCCUAUUGGCAGGAUUUUUUUAGCUUACCUGUUGCGUCUUUGCCUUGUCUAAAAGCAUCUUUAUUUGCACACAAGGAAAAUUUUACACAUCUUGAUUAAAACUCAAUUGUGCUGUAAAGGUGCUUACUUCAUUUAUUUUGAUCAGUGUGUAGUUGAAGCAA